AUGCAGACUCGGACAAGACGCUGUAAACAAGGUGAAAUUGGCGAGAUCGGCUGUCACGAGGAAGAUCAAGACAUUCCAAAGUUCGCCCAGAAUAUCAACUCAACUUUUCAAAGAGGAGAAUGUAAUCGUGAGUUUUGUCCGAUCAUUCCAACGACCCAACUGUGGACUGAAUGGUCUGAGUGCACAAGACAAUGUGAUGGAGGGGAAAGGAUGAGAGCUGCACUAAAAUGCACAGAACAAGCUAGCGAAAAUAAACCUAAAGACAAAUCCAAAAAGGAUAAAAAGAAAAAGAAUAAAGGCAGACGAGAAGCUGAAGAGUUAGAUUUGCUCGAGUUUCUUGAUGAUCUCGAGGCGGAAAACGAAACUGUUCCAGAACCUCCUUGCUUGCCACCUGCAAAGCUUGUCAACUUCAACGAAACAGAAAGAUGCAACGCUCAACCUUGUUCAAGAUGGGCGCUUUGGAGCCCUUAUACCCCGUGUUCUGCUACAUGUGGCGAUGCAACAAAAUCUCGACAGAGAUUUUGUCGACAUGGGGAAAUUGGAGAAGCAGAUAAUUGUCCAUCGGAAGGUGCAAAGGAGAUCAUUGCUUGUGAUCUUGAUGAGUGCCCUUACCUCGGUGAAUGGGAAAAUUGGAGUGAUUGUAGCAGAACAUGUGGCUCAGGCGCUAGAAUAAGGAAAAAACCAUGUAUAAAUGGAAACAUUGGAGAGAUCGGUUGUGAUUCAGCGGAAGCAACAGAGCAAAUCUCUUGUGCGACGCAUUAUUGCCCGAUUUAUUGGGGUGAGUGGUCGGACUACUCAGAAUGCAGUAAUUCUUGUGGGAAAGGAGUCAGAGUAAAAACACGCGCAUGUCAAAAUGAGCUCGAAGAUGUCACCUGCCCCGGCGCAGGAAAUAUCACAGAGGAGUGUUUUGACGGUUAUUGCUCUGGUGGAUCAUUUUCCCCUGAAUGGGCAAGCUGGGGUGAAUGGGGAGAGUGCUCAACAACGUGUGGCCCGGGGCUGCAAUCAAGGUUGAGAAACUGCACUGGGGACGCCGUUGGAUCAGUAUCUUGCCCAUACGAUGAUGAACAACAGACUGGCAAAUGCGAAGUACACGGAUGCCCUCAAUGGUCACUCUGGAACUCUUGGCAGCCAUGCGAUCUUGACUGUGAGGAUCCGGAAGUCAGUUCACGGUUCCUUAUUGGCUCUAGAAUUAGGAGACGAGGCUGUGUUGAGUGCCCGAUGGAUACUUUCGUUUGCAUCAAGCCUUCAAAUGCCACUGUUUGUGCUGAUUUUUGGGCGGAAAAUAAUGCAACAUCGAUCGAAACAGAAGAAUGCAGAUGUGAAAACAUUCAAGAGGGGUCCUCAGAAGGUUCUGGAAGUGGAGAUGAGGAAUAUGAAAUUUCCAUGGAAAUCGAUACAACCACACGCCCUUCAGUUACUACACAGUCUCUUGCUUCUUAUCUGUCAAAUAUUCAGAGCUUUUUCAGUAGCGAAGAUGAAAGCCAACGAAUUCGAUCACUGGCCCCUUCUUGGGGAACCUGGAUGGAAUGGACAAAGUGCUCAAAAACUUGUGACCUUGGAGAACGAACACGAUAUCGCCCCUGUUCAAAUGGAAAUAUCGGUGAUACUGAUUGUCCUCUCGCAGAAUCAUUCGAACAGGAAAGUUGUCAACUUAAUGUUUGCCGGGGUGAGUGGCUCAGCUGGGGUAAUUGGGGAAGAUGCUCCGCAAGUUGCGACGAUGGUGUUAGAAGUCGCACAAGAAUGUGCAAGGAUAAGAAUAAAUUCGGCUUGCCAGGUUGCCAAAAACGAGCUGCAAUAGAAAUGGAAAAAUGUUCCGAUCGCCCUUGUAGCUACUGGAACAACUGGACUGAGUGGUCGCGUUGCAGUUCAUCUUGCGGAAGUGGGGUUUCAACAAGAAUGAGAAAUUGUGAUGCGACUGAAAAUAUACAAGAAAAUUGUAUUGGAAAUAGUCUUGAAAGUAAAACUUGUUUUAUCCCAGAAGAAGAUUGCCUUGCGGAUAUCGAAGAACCCCAUUACGUUUACAAGCACCACCACCAAAGCAACUACUUCCACAACAACUACUUCGACAACACAGUCAAAAACUCAAACAACGACUUCAACUUCAACUUCGUUGUAAACUACAGUGGCAACAUGGACAUGGGAUGA